AUGGGUUGCGGUAGUAGUGCAGGAACUGUGGUAGAAUAAAAUAGAGCGCCUGGAUUCAAAGGUCCAGUUUUUAUGACAAUAAAGCACGCUUUAUUAGAACGGGAUGUAAGAUUCAUAGGAGUUAUGGAUCCUUAUAUCAAAUUAAUUAUGGGGAGACAAGAGUUCAAGACACCAGUAGCAAAGGAAGGAGGAAAGCAUCCAAAAUGGGAAGGAUGCACACAUACAUUUUAAAAGUUGCUGGGAGAACAAGAUGUAAUAAUAGGAUAGGUGUGGUGUGAAAAUACUAUAACUUCAGACAUUUUGAUUGGUGAAGGUGCAUUUUCUUUGACUUCUUUAAGAAAAGGAAAUGCUGAACCAAAAAGAAUUUCAUUCCUACUCUUCCAUCACGGUGAAAAAGCAGGGGAAAUUACUUUGGAAGCUACUUUUACUCUAGAUCCUAGUGGAAAAGACUUGCCAGAAAUAAAAGCCCCAGAUACUGAAGGAAAAUUCAUUGUCAAACCAAAAUUUGGUAGGUUAAAGAAGAAUACCAAUUUAUUACUAAAAAUGGAUCCAUUUUUGACGGUUCAUUUUGGCAAUGAAACUAUGAACACCUCGGUAGAUGCAGCUGGACAUACCACACCAAAAUGGACUGACGAAAUAAUCUUUACUAGAGAGACCAAUGAAGAUACUUUAUACAUAGAAGUUUGGGCUGAAUCUUUGAUAGGAUGGAAUGAUUUCUUGGGAUGUGGUUAUGCUUCAAUUACUGAUUCCUUAGCACUAAAAGAGAACUAAUUGUAAACAGUUACAUUAUUUUAUGAUGGAGCAAAUGUUGGGGAAGUAGAGAUAGAAUGCACAUUUAAGACAUCUAAACCAUAAGAUUAUCUUUAAAAGGACAAAUAGUCAGCAGAAGCCCCUUCAAAAGAGUCCUUCUAAUAAUAACUUUAAACACAAUAUUAAUAACCAUAAUAAUAAUAAUAACCAUAGUAAUAAUAAUAAUAAGUAUUUCCUUAAUAAUUGAAUUAAUUCGUUCAAAAUUAUGAAGUUAGAUAUCAAAAUAAUUAUGGAAUGUAGCCAAUGAAUGGAAGAGUGGAUUUCACUUAUCCCAAUGGAGAUCAUUAUACUGGAGAUAUGAUGAAUAAUUUGAAACAUGGUUAGGGAAGACUCUAAUUUAGUUAUGGUGGAUAUUAUGAAGGUCAAUGGGCUAAUGAUUAAUACAAUGGAACUGGAGUUUUGGUAGUUGGCGACUCUCGAUUUGAAGGUUAAUUUAUAAAUGGGAAGAAAAAUGGAUAAGGAAAACAAGUGUGGAAUAAUAGAUAACAAUACGAUGGAUAAUGGAUCGAUAAUAAUAUGCAUGGAAAUGGUGAAUGGACAUUUGUGAAUGGAGCAAAGAAAAAAGGAGUUUGGGCUCAUGGAAAUAGAUUAAGAUGGUUAGAUGACGACUAGAAUAUAAUUUAAGCUGGCAAAACUAUGACUUCAGGAUUCAUGCUAACAAGUCCAAAUCAAUAAUUUACAUUGUCUUUCUUCCAUGAUGGUCGUUUAUACAUCUUUCAUAAUUAAACUAGGCAACCCAUUUUUUCAGCUAUUAAUUUCAAUCGAUAGCCAAUUCCACCUGUGUGGUUGAAAUUUGAUCCUUCUGGAGAGUUAUAAAUGAUUGAUGCCAAAGGAGUACCAUAUUGGGUGUCAGGUUAAAACUUUGGUAAUUUUGCUCCUCCGUUUGUAUUGGUGUUAUAAGAUGAUGGCCGACUAGUUAUCUAAGAUGCUAAUGGAUAGCCUAAAUGGUAUUCACAUUGACAUAAUCAAUAAAUAAGAAAAAGUUUAUUAAAUAUUAUUGUUAAA